CCAUGACGAGGAUAUUUUAUUAGACUCUUGAUUCGAAGAUUUCAAGGAUCCUCCACCCGAUGGGCGCCAAUAACUUUGUUAAGGCUACGAUCUGAUCACAGAUAUAUUUGUACUUGGGUAUCGCUUUCCAGUCUUGAGUAGAUAAAGAUGUUCAAAAUCAGCCGUCCUUGAACAAAAAGCUAUAAGGAAUUUAAAUCAGAACAAUUACUGAUAAUAUGGCUAUGAAUGACAUCGAAAUUGAAAGUUCCUACCGACUAUUCAAAUGUCGUUCUGGAGUAUGUCGAGCGUCAACAAUAAGACCAAUAGACGAACAAUCACUCACGGAAUACCUUUCUGCAUAUUAUCCAGCCCGCGACUUGGGAGCAAUCUUCGAACCAUUGAUUGCAAUGAUAUCUGCAACAGUGACUACAAGAUAUACUCUUUAUCAUGAGAAAGAACGAAUCACGGCUAACAUUCAACCGCAGAUGAACUCAAAUACUAAACCUAUGGGCUACACCUUCAAUUCGGGAAGUCUUGGUGUAAUGUUGGAUCCGUAUGCAUUAUCCUUACUCGCAUCGUGUAUCUUUCUGGGUUGUUCGAUUUCUUCGUUCACGCAUCGACGCCAGGGGCAAGAUAGAUGCCAGUCGCUUAUUCUUGUAUUCGCCAUUUUAACGGCCACCACAAUAGGUUUUGGAUUGGGAAUAAAUUCAAAUCUCAUAAUGCUAGGGUUUGUUCCUUGGGCACUGAUACUCGCAAUGAUUCUCAGUGUCUUCGUUCAUUGGACUGUCAGACGUCAUCGUAGAUCUCGAAACUGUCCUGGAGUGUUCUUCCUUGAAAGAAUUGGAAAAAGCGUAAUGACUUCAAGGCUUGGAGAGACCCAGGGCUGCUAA